AACAGAGCCCCCUUCCAGGAAUAACUCGAAUCCAACGACGACAAUGUCUUCCAUCAAGCUCUUUCAGCCCAUCGAAUUCGGCGAUGUCACUCUUCAGCACAGGGUGGUUAUGUCCCCUCUCUCGCGCUUCCGUGCCAACGCAGCGCACGUAAAUGGCGACCUCUCUCGUCAAUACUACGAACAGCGUGCCAGUGUCCCCGGGACCCUUAUCAUCAGUGAGGGUACCCUCAUUUCCGCCAAAGCGGGCGGCUCUCCCAACGCCCCUGGCAUAUGGAGUGAGGAUCAAAUCAUUCACUGGAAGAAGAUUGUAGACGCUGUUCAUGCGAAGGGCUCCUUCAUCUACCUCCAGCUUUGGGCUUUGGGCCGCGCUGCCUAUCCUGCUGCGCUUGUCGCAGAGGACCCAAGCUUCCCGUACGUCAGCUCUGGGAAUGUUAAGCUCGAUGACCGCGAAGAGACUCCUCGCGCCUUGACGAUCCCUGAGAUCAAGGAGUAUGUCGAGAUGUACGCCACCGCAGCAGCGAACUCUGUUCACAAAGCCGGCUUUGACGGUGUCGAAAUCCACGGCGCGAACGGUUUCCUCCCCGACCAGUUCCUCCAGACUACAGCAAACAACCGCACGGACGAGUACGGCGGAUCGAUAGAGAACCGUAUUCGGUUCACACUUGAAGUCGUCGACGCUGUUGUCAAAGCCGUUGGUGGCGCUCAAAGGGUCGGCUUGCGGCUGAGUCCCUGGUCGUCUUAUCAGGGCAUGUACAUGAAGGAUCCGAACCCGAGCUUCGCAGCCCUCAUCACGGCGAUCAAAAGAAAGCACCCAACCUUCGGAUACCUGCAUGUUAUCCAUGCCCGAGUCGACGGGGCGGCCAUCCGUGAGAUCAAGCCGGAGGAGAACGACGACUUCCUUCGCCAGAUCUGGGGUGACAAAAUCUACCUUAGCUGCGGUGGGUACACCCGUGAAGAUGCCAUUGAGACCGCCGACAAGAAGGGUGGUCUGGUGGUUUUCGGUCGUUCAUUCAUCUCCAAUCCGGAUCUCCCGCUUCGUUUGAAGAAGAACUAUGCCCUCGCUCAGCCGGAUUACACCACGCUUUACACUGCGGAGAGCCCCAAGGGCUAUAUCGACUACCCCUUCUACUCGGAAAUCGAGCCUGAGACGACCACAGUCAGCGCUAGCGGCGUUACUGUGAAAGCGUAGAUACCGGACAAUCAGAUGAUCAUCUUAUUAUACACAUUGAAAUCCAUCCUACUUAUGUGCAAUGCUACGUUGAUAGAUCCCC